GUAUUUCCAGCGAACGAAUAGCAGUGGUUCAUCUACAGGUAUCUUUUUACCGAGUCAUUCAGACUACAGAGCGCUGCUUUUGAGUAGUUUCGGUAUUUUUAGUACACAGUUCGUUUUCGACCCUCCACGCGCUGUCGGGACACAGUUCCCAAAACCCCUGAAUAUCCAUGGCAGUCUCACCGCAGAUUAAAAUGGCUUACAUCGUCACCCUAUACGGUGGUACCCCAUGGGGAUUUAGGAUUCACGGAGGGAUAGAUUCUAAUGAACCAAUUCGGAUUUCUAAGGUGAACCCCAACAGCAAAUCUUUUAGAGAAGGAGUCCAAGUGGGAGACAUCAUCUACAAGAUCAAUGGGGACGUGGUCGAUGGACUAACACUUGUCGAGGCACAGAGACACAUCAAAGCUGUAGGGAAUACACUUGAAUUAGAACUCAAGAGGGGUGAGGAUGGUGUAGAAGGGCAAGGAACAGGAGAGGCCAACAAAGAGAACAAGGUCAGAGGUCAACCAAAGCAGACGACCAAACAAGAGGACGACAUGUUCAAGAGUAGUACUAGCAUAAGCAUCAACCAUCACCCCUCGGGGGCGGAGCAUAAUGAUACAGCAGCACAAGAGAAUGCAGCGCGGGCAGAGCGAGCCAGGAUGAGGCUCCAGCGACGAGAAGCAUCUCGGCAACAGCAGCAGCAACUACAGCAUUCCAGUGAGAGAGGCCGACCCUUUUACAGAUCCUUCACUCCUCAGCCAGAUUCACGGUCCAUGGGAACAUCCCGGGGAAUAGGGCGGUCAGAUUCGGUCGAAAGUUUGCCCGUUUAUACCAUGCAUGUGCCAGAUUCGGUUGCAAAUUAUUGCACAAUCAGGCCAAAGCCGAGGGUUAAUGAAUGGAAGCCUAUGUCCAAAUAUGGCUCCGUGUCCAGGUCGUACAAGCCAGUGUCGUUCAACAAGGGUGCAGAUUCGCUGUCGAACCGGUCCGGGUCAUCACAAUCCUCGGGGAUGACGAUGGGUCUCGACUCCUUGAUCGCCAAGGAGCGCGAGUUUGAAAAUUUGGCAAACUUUGACGAACCUGUGACCAACAACGUGCCAAAUUCCUCUCAUAGCGCGCCCUCUGACAAUGAGUGGUGGCGCCGGCGGGAAUCUGCCAGCCGUGACGAGCAGUCAUCCAAGGGUGCGAAAAUGUUCAUGAAAAUGCAAGAGAAGUCUCGGGUGGAGGAGGACGUUGAACCACCACAAAGCCCUUGGAGGAAUCAAACGCAAGAAGCACCACACCAACAGGGAUACCACUCUCAUCAACAGCCACAGCAACAACCCUCUGGUCCCUGGCGGAGUCAAUCUGUUGAAGGUCCCCAGCAAGGAUAUCAGUCUCAGGAAUCUCAGCCGCAACAGCAGCGACCAUCUAGUCCUUGGCGCAAUCAAUCUUUCGAUGGGCCACAGCAGCAUCCUCCAAGUCAAUGGAGAAACCAGUCUAAUGAUCUACAAAAGAGGCCAGUGAGCCCCAUGAGAAACCAAACAAUACCUCAGCAACACCAACAGCCUUCUAGUCCAAUGAGAAACCAAUCAUAUGGUGCACCUCAAAGUCGGCGGCCAGUGAGCCCAGUUAGAAACCAGUCAGCUCCUCAACAACAUCAGAGACCUACUAGUCCCAUGAAAAACCAGUCUUACGAUUCUACCCAGCGCCAGCGACCUUCUAGUCCCUGGAGGAGUCAGUCAUUCGAUGUGCCAGAACGGCAAAGACCGAUGAGUCCAAUGUCACAGCAGAGGCCUUCCAGUCCUUGGAUGAAUAAGCCAAGUGAGACAAAACACAUGACUUCUUGGCAGAGUCAACCACAAGAAGCUAAGCCACCAAUGCAAACGCCUUUAAGUCCUUGUCGCAGUCGGACUCAUGAAACACCAGUAUCUCAACCGCCUACACCUCGGCCUGCUACUCGAAGUUCCUCAGUUCCGGCUAGGGCACGGAGUGCUCCCUCCACACCCAGAGGCCAGCCACCCAAGAGCACACAACCACCUUCAGCAGUCGUUCCCCCAAUGCCAUCAGGUGUUCCAGUACCAGUCAACAGAGCUCCGACUCCUGCCCAAAGUGAAGCAGAGGAAGAAGUUGUACCAGUCAAAGAUAGAAUAAAAUCAUUCAGGAACAUUGAAGCUGCACAGUCGCCAACAAAACAGCAGCAGAAAUUCUCCACCGACUAUAAUCCGAAACCAAACUUCUCAUCACAGCCAUCAACACCAACUUGGAAUGUGCGUGCACCGUCGCCAGUUUCUUUCAACAAACACAGCAGUGGUGCACCUACCCCUUCAACCCCAAGCAGCUCAGCUCCCUGGAGUAAGCCAACGUCAACUUGGGUACCAACUAAACCUCCAUCUACCCCGACAUGGAGCGGUCAAAGCCAGACACUGCCUCGGGAUUUCCACCGUUCAGAUUCUCUUCCGCCACCGUCACUGGACCCGGUUCCGCUCACGAUGAAUUGGAAGAAGCGGGAAGAGGAAAAGAAUGUGAAGAAUCUCGGUGCGGAGGAUGACGUGUGGAGAUCUGCAUCUCGAGAUUUCUUGACCAUGACCAUACCGAAGAGUCAGAAAGUGGACAGCCGCCUGCAACAGAAUGGUACCAGCGACUACCCCAGCACCUCAGAGGCUCCUGUUUUGAAAGCUAGUCAGAGUUCUCUCAACGCAGCACCAAAAUCAAAUCUUUUGGACUCGAAACCAGGCAUUUGGACUCCAGGCCAACGACCUCCAGACCUCUCCAACGACCUUGACGAACGAGAACGGGAUAACGAACGGGAUAAAGAACGAAUCAAUGAACUGAAAAGCGCCAACAAAACUUGGACCCCUUCUGGAACAUUACCGAAGGAUUUCCGUUCUCGGAAGUUAGAAUCAUCAGAACCAGUCAAAUUUGAGCCCCCUCCGGUGAAAUUUGAAUCCGUUGCACCUCGGGAGCCACCUAAAUCAGAACCGCUUCCACCUCGAGAGCCACCUGCUGCACAGCCAUCAGUCAAAGCUAGUUCACUACCAGAGUUUGUUGAAGUGGCUGGCAUUAAGUACUGGAGAGAGCCUGAAGUGGCAGCCUCUAAGUCCGAGGAGAACCAUGCACCACCACCUGAGAGAGCAUUCUCCACCCCCUCUCUCCCUGCCUCAACCAGCCUAGCUCAUUCACCCAGUAAGCCUUUCUCAACCAUGAAUGGCAGCAUUUCGAGUUUGGACGGCAGACAUAGUCCCACCCUCCACCUGCCCAAGACACAGACACCAGCUAUAACACUGCUGCAGAAGUAUAGAGAUGAGGAAGCGAGCACUAAGCCUCCUCCAGACACACACCCCAGCAUCUCUGACGGACAGAUUCCUAAAGGUGCCAUUUACGUUGGCAGCAAGGAUCAUGUUGACGGAGAGGUGAAGCACACGGACACGUAUUAUAUCUUGCCAUCCGGCGAGAAACAGGUCACCAGCACAAAGACGGAGAAGAAGGCCCCCAAGUACGAAGGCAUUGGACCAACGAACGAGGCUGGAUUACCUAUAGCAUUUAGAUCUACAAUCGAUGAAAAAAAUCAACAUGACUGGUACAAAACAUUUUACAAGACGCUGCACAAAACAGAUAAGCCACGCCCGGGAGAUUUAUUUCGCAAUGAGGGUGUUUUCGUGAAUUCUAAAGAAGAAGAAGAGAACACGUAUCGCCCCACGUAUACUUUCCCGGAGGAUGAACCCACGCCGUUCAAAAAGGAAGCUGAGGAGGAAAAUCCCUAUGUCCCAAGUUAUGCUAAACUACCCCAGAACUCAAAAGAUGAUUCAUAUAGCACGUUAGAAAGAGACCGCAUGAAGAGUUAUACGCAUGAAGCCUAUGGUUCGAAGGGAAGUAGCACAUGGUCUCCGGCACACGCACGAUCAAAAUUAGAAAUUUACAAAAAUCAGCCGAGAAAAAUAGAAGAUUACGAACCUGGCUAUUCGUCGAUAGCUGAUAAAGAGAUUCAAACGAAAAAGGCAUAUUUGAACAAAUUAGAAAAAUUUAAGGCCGAAAAGGUUUAUGAUAUUCAGCGAUCUGAAAAGGAUUUCCCGGACGAGAGCACAUUUUAUAAUCCGCCCAUUGAAAAGCCUGGACAGAACAGUCAAUACAUCCUAGAUCCUGACCGACGUCUGCCAACCAAGAACUCUGAGAGGUCAUCGCGGUCAACGUCCCCCACGCAGGCACACGAGUGGUACAAACAAGUAUUAAAGGGCGGCGAGAUACCACAGGAAGGAUUCCGCAGGCCAUACCCAGAACGAAAAGAUUUGCAUGACCGUACGAGACGUGGUCACGAUACCACACAUCAGAAAGAUUCUAACCAAAAAGCCAGAAAUUUGCAUGGUUUUCUUACACGUGACAUAACUGACAGACACGUGAUUCAUUGUCAUAAUCAUAUCUGCAUUGAGCCGCGCAAAAAGUACAGUCCAUACCAUAAUAGUUUCGGUUCAAAUUCAAAUCUAACGAAAUCAAUUUCGGUGCCGAGUUUUGCAAGUCAAAAUGACAAACUUUUGUGUCCAAUAGAUGAAUCGAUUCGGGAAUAUAACAGUUUGCCAAAACAGAAAAGCAGUCCAAGACAUUCUGGAAAAAAUGGAUAUAUUGUUGGAAAAAGGUGUCUUCCCGUUCCCACUAGGCGAAAUGACACAGAUAACUUUUCAUUUCUGAAGGCUGAAUUUGGGAGUGAUCCAUCUGUUUUUGAUACAGUGCUUACCUCUUUGUACGCCGACAGUUCAAAUUCUGGUGUCCAGGAUAUAAUGGAGUAUAGGUCCAGUCAGAAAGACACCUGGGGGAAAGACAAUUCAAGAAAAUGGGCUAGCGAUGAUGCGUUAGAUAGAGGCAGUGGUGUUAAAAAGCAAGUCAACUCUCGUGGUCAGGGUCAAAAGGAUUUAAGAGAGUUUGAGGCUGCGAAACCACGUAGCCAGCACGGUGUGACCGUGAGAAUGUCUCAGUUGGAUAAAUCUAAAGACAAGGAUGCAAAAGGUCGUGGUUUUGAUUACGGUCAGAGAGAGACCCCAAAGGAGUCUAUCAGAGGUAAGAUAUUGCAGUUUUCAUCCGGUGAUGAGCCAAACCUCAACCGAAACAGGUCUCAAUCUGAGCGGAGUUUGGCAGAUUCGAAUAUUAGUGUUGAAGACGAAUUUAAACGUCCGGAGGUACAAGUCUUACUACGGAAAUACAACCCGCAGUCACAUGACUUUUCAGAUUUCGAUUCUAAUGAGGCACUAUGGCCACCAGAAACCGAGCCAAAAGCUUGGCGGGAAGCGUAUCGUCAAAAGGUUGAAUCACAUUAUAAACGUUUAGCAUCUGUGGAUCCGUCAGUUGAAUCGUCUGGUUAUCAUAGUGAAGCUCCGCCAUCUUCUGAUAACAGUAGCCAACAUUUGAGUCCUCGACGCUAUCAGCUGGGUAUUAGUCUAGAUGACUGGCAAGCUGUCGAUCAUGAGCGUUCGAUUUCAGUGGAGAAAGAUGCCGAGGAGGAACCUUGUGCCCAACAGGUGGCAGUCCAGUCUCAUGUUAAGCCAUAUUUUGGCGAUGAGGUGGACCAGGGAUUGCCUGGGGCAGAACAAACUGUUCAGUCAAAGGUAAAGCCGCACAAUGACAACAGACAGCCGGAGUGGGAAAAAUCCAAUGUUCAACAGAACUCUGUCCGAUCCAAAGUUAUGCCUUAUAAUGAUAAAAGUGUGAAUGAUAGAGAGUGGAAUCGGCCUUCGAUUACAAUGCCGUCCAAAAGUGCCAUCCGAAGUUCUAGUCCGUCUUUGAGAGAUACUGAUCAUCUGUCCAAAAGAGAUUCUGUGAUGAAAGAAAUUCGACCGUCCCGUAAUCUUCCAUCCGAUAAAGUACCUUACCAGUUCCCCAGUCCACACAGAAGGCCCGAUUCCACUCACCAGGAUUCCCCAAUUCAGAAAAUGGAAUAUUCCUCUCAAAAACAUAGUGCCUUAUCAAACAUUAAAAGAGAUAGGUCACCUAACCGGUCCAAACGUGGACCUGACAUUGAUAAUGAUAGCAGUACUGCUGAUUAUCUCAAUCCGAAUUCAAGUUACGAUUCUCUUGGAAUGGACCUGUACCGUUCUCGUAUUGCUAUGGCGCAGAAAGGAGGUGCCACCGUGAGCGAGUGUAGCGAACGCUCGUCGAGAAUUGACCCGCAAACCUACCAGUCCUAUACUGCUGGCAUCCUGCACUCAUCUGAAAAAUCUGAGAAGUUCAUGAGCAUGCAGAAAUAUUACAGUACCUUGGAGCGUAUAUCUGAAAUUGAGAAAAACGUUCAGAGAGAUCGAGCGUUUACGCCAAGUUUGCGUCGAAUUAAGUCCAAAAAGACGGAAAAAGCAAAGGAAAUGUCGCGCAUGAAAUUAGAUGAGUUGGAAGAGCUUCAGGAUCUCUACGGUGAUCUUCACGAGGCGCAGAAAAAGGACGGGUUCAUGUUUGAUCUUGGAAAUCUGGAAAAUGUGCAGUGGCAGCCGGAGAGGGAAUGGGGCUUGAUGAGAAAACCUAAGUCUUUGGGAGAUUUAGUCAAAGUAUAUGAGCAAGAAUCCGAACCUCUCAAUACACGCCUGCUCAAAAAGGACUACUCAGAAAAUCCAAAUUUCAAGCGUGACUUGUCGUUCAUGCGACUUUGUGAGAAGUAUAAAAACUUGGACGAAGAGGCUAAGAAGGAGCAUUCACUCCAGGAGUUCAUCAAGCUUCAGUCGAGUGGUUCGAGGCGGAAUUCAAACUCCUCAAUCCAAAGUACUCCAGUGUACACUGGAACACACACUGGAUCGUAUAUCGAUAUCAUGGAGAAGCCCAAACCACGCCCUCUAUACGGAGCUAAUAUACCUGAUGCACCAGUUGAUGACUUUGAAGUGUAUGUAUCAAGUAAGAUGCAGGCCGCUAAGCAAAAGGACCAGCAGCAACCUCUGCAUGUGCGGUCAGUCUCUGCACCGCAUGAUGACGAAGCUGAGAGCGAACCUAAAAAUACUUCCCUGCAUCAUUCCGACUCCUACAAGAGUUCAAAGUUCAAAUCUCCGGAAAGAAAGAAGCGUGAAUUUAAUGUAAAUCAACAAGAAGGCAGCGACACUAAAGACGUGAAGGAAAAGAAAUCUGAAAGUAGAGAGGAUUUGCCGUUUAAAAGUUACCAGAGCCGUCUUUCGCCUUCUUAUAGUUACGAAAUGCCGCGGGCGAAAGCUAAAGCAUAUGAAAGUGUUCCAAGUAAAGACUUGCCAUUCUCAGAUAACCAUGACAAAAGUGACUCUUCUGUUUCACCAAGAGAUUUUUUUGAACAAAAUCAUAGUGGUGGGUCACCUCAGAUAUCACCCAGAGCUGUUGACAAUAGCUUCAAAUCAGUGUCCCAGCAAAGAGAAACUAUCACACCCAAUACUAGUGGAAAUAACAAUGAAUCUAAGCGGAAUCAUUCAAGUUCGCAUCGAACCCCUCAACAACCUUAUAUGUACAGAAGGCCAGUUGAGGAAGUGAGCAUUCCAAAGUCUGUGUCACAAACAUUUUCCUCACCACCCGAUGGUGUGACACCUUCAAAACAUGAUGGACAUGCACCAUCUGGUGGGAAAGGCGCUGGCAUUCUCAAACCAGCACCGGAGAUUAGCAAUAGAACAAACCAGUGGAAACAAGAGCCAAAGAUAGAGAAUCUUGAUCUACGCUAUCCUUCAGAUGGGAGAGAUGCUCUAAAGUCGAAUGAAGCGCAUCCUAAGUUUGUCAUUGCGGGUUAUACUUCAAGGCAGCCAAACUAUUCAACACCGAAACCAGAGAGAGAUUUAUCUCCGAACAGAAGUUCAUCAGGGAAGUCGUUGGAUCAAACGAGUCAAAGGCACCAUCACUCAACAUCGGACCUCCCAAGCCAUAAGAGUCCGGUUGGCACGUUAGAGCGUCAUCAUUCUUCAACGCUUGAUAGGCGACGCCGAGAUGAAGAGGAGGCUAGGAGGAAGGAAUAUUUGCGCCAGAUUACGGAGGAAGAAAAAAGAAAACGAGCUGAAGAGGAAUAUGCGAGAAAUGAAGCGAGGAAACACUCUGACUUUUUCAGUGCCAAGCAGAAGUCGCCAAUCCCCAUCGACCGGUUCGGUGAGGACCUUGAGAACAUGGCCCCGAUGCACGUCCCCAAGUUUGAUAAGAAACAUCGUCCAACAGAGAUCAAGGGCAAAGCGAAGGCAUUGUAUUCAUUCAAGUCACAGAGUCAAAAGGAGUUGUCUUUUAGAAAAGGUGACGUAAUCUAUCUGACACGUCAGGUCGAUAAAAACUGGUACGAAGGUGAACAUCAUGGACACAGGGGCAUCUUCCCUGUCAACUACGUGGAGAUCACAAAAACUUUGGAAGAGGCGCGAGCGAUCGCACUGAGUCAAGAAGGUACAGCGAAGAUCAAAUAUACGUUCAAGAAACAGUCUCCUGUGGAAUUAUCUGCUAAAAAGGGUGCUAUCGCGACAUUGAUACGAAGAGUCGACGAAAACUGGUAUGAGGCGAAGGUGGACGGUAUCCAAGGUAUUAUACCCAUCUCGUACCUCGACAUCCAGAGAGAGCCGGAUACGCCCUUUAUUACGCCAGCGCCAUCUGUAGUCCAAUCAGCUGCACCGUCUGCCUUCAAUACGCCUGGACCUGGUACCCCUGUGCGGCCUAUGUCUCCCCUUUAUCCCGAUCAGAUGAUGUCCCCAAGCCAAAAUCGGGAAAAUUACUUUGACUUCCAAGAUUAUAGUCCACGACAAGAUCGCCGACAACGGUACGACUCUUCGUCAAAGGAUGGUGACUAUAAUCAAACUUUGGACUCAUUUAUUGACACUUUAGAUAAGCGGGAUAGCACUAGUCAUCGGCAAGAUCACAGCCCGACGAAACGCGACGGGCACAGAAACGUUUCACAGGAUUAUAAUCCACGGUUGGAUGCCGCAAGUGCUAUGAUUGAGACUUAUAAACUUCAACAGAAGGAAAAGGAAUCGAGGCCGGCGUAUGACAGGACCUUGUCGUUGGACAGACGAUCGAUGGGUCGUGAUGGUUAUUACAGAGACAAGGAGGGGCCUCCCCCACCUCAACCAAAACAUGAGCAGCCUUUAAAACCGUAUCGAGCGGUGUUUGCAUACGGGCCUCAGAAUCAAGAUGAAUUAGACUUACGCGAAGGCGACAGUGUGUAUGUAUUGGAGCGGUGUGAUGACGGAUGGUUUGUUGGUACUAAUGCAAGGACAGGACAGUUUGGAACUUUCCCCGGGAACUAUGUACAGCCUGUGUGACACACGUCUGCUGUUAAUGGAAUCGAGUCAUAAAGCAGGGACAAGUGCAAAAGCCUACGACACAAAACGGAGCUACAGGUGCCCGAAAGUAAACUUCCAUAGCCAUGAGUUGUUUGUCACAUGAGGGUUUGUGUUGUCACAGGCCACUUGACUGUUCGAUUUGGUCAGACGCAAUUGGAAGUACUUUCUGGGCGAACCUGUGUUCAAAAUUCAGGUAGUGAUCUGGAUAAAGGAGUUCAAUGUAAAGACAGCCAUCAUCUAUUCCUGUAAACCCUUAAAUGCAAACUCUCAAUUCUAAUAAUUAUGUUAACCAUUAAAUUUAUGCUGCAAAUACAGCCAUUUUGUCUAACGCUUUUGAAAAUGAGCCAGUUCACAAACAAAAAGCACUGGAGGCUUCACGGUUUGCAAUAUGAUUGGUAGUAGAUGUGAAAGGCUAUCCUAACCUCCGAUCUCUCAGUGCUGUCAUGAUGAACCAUCAUGCAGAGUUGUCAUCCAGACGCCGUUGAAAAUAACAGAGUUAGAUUUUGAAAAUGAAAGUAGCGACGGACGUGGUGUUAUGCGUUGCUGGCAUGUGUCACAGGUUAUGUAAUAAUAAGUCACUGGUGCUUUAAUUAUUGUAAAUUAUGUAUUUUUUCUAAUUCAACGAGUACUUGUUGACCCUAGGGUCAUUUGCCUAGAUUGUUUUGGGAGACCAGAAUAUAGAAAAUGAGAUUUUGAACAGCAGACGCAUUGAAAUUAAAGCAAGGUAUCUUAUGUUCAGAACCCAAGUUCUUAGUUUGUAAGGACACUUUUCAGUUGCAAUGAUACUAUACUGUGCAUACUAUAGCCAUAUUGAACUAGGCAUUUCCGGCACAGUCAUGUACAUUUACAUUUAUCACAUGUAUAGGAGUUUAUCAUGUAUGCAGUGUACAGUUAUUCUUAAGUUUGUUUAUGUUAAAAAGUUAAGUGGUAAAAACUUCCAUCCUGGUGCGAGAGGGCUGCUUCACCCUGAAGUUCAAUUCUGGUCAAGAUCGUAAAAAGCUCUUGAACCACGAUCGUACCUCAGAUCAGAAGUUAUUAGUUUAAGGGGUUUUAACAUGUGUGAUGAAAAUUUCAGAUAGUAUUAGUCUUAGAGGUAUUGAGAUUAAUUAACGGCAGGUAAAUGCACACUUAGUUACAGUAUUCAUUUACCUUUUAAACAUUAUUUUUCAGUAUUUCUACAAAAUCAGGUUGGAGUGGUCUAAAUUGGAAAAGAAAUUUUGUUAAUUUAUUCUUGAAGUAUCAAAGUGUACUGUAAAGUUGAACAUAGGCCAUCAUAGCUCAUGACGUAAUUACCCAUUUCCGAAAACAAAAUUGACCUCAACUAACCCCAAAAUCGAUCAUUCUCAUUGGCUCUUUUCUGAUGAGCAUGCCAUGGAUACAGAAUUCAGCACUUUUGAUUGGACAAUCCACCUACUUUUUUGCUUUCGGAAAUCCCUGAAAUGUGAUCAAGGUUUUUUUUUAUACUGAAUUGACCCGAUCAUGGUCUUGUGGUUGGGACAUCGCAGAAUCUCUCCGUGCAACUUAGUAAUAAUGAUAAGGAUGAUUUGAUGCGCGUUUUGAUGUUAAACUACAAUUUGUGUAACAGAGUUCAAUAUUGGGUGAAUUUUUAACUUCUUCAAGUGGAUUUAAGGAAAAAACUUUCAGCCCUCAUGGCCAUUUCCUGCCUCAAAUUUAGUAAUAGUAUUGAUAUAUUGGCUGCGUGCACUUAUAUUCUGCAGACGUCAACCUGUUUGUAAAUUGCAGAUUUGUGAUAAAAGGAUGCCUUGUCUUCUAACCAAUGAAUGUACAGAAAUGAUCUGUUAAUGCUUUAGCUAGGUCCUUAGUAGUUCAGUAGUAUUUAUGAAGAGUUUAUGCUAGAUUGCAUUCUAGAACAAACGAUCUGUAUAUAGCUAUUAAUUAUUAUUGAUAAGGGAGUCUGUCUCAAAACAGCAAGUUCAAACAUGAUCAAAAUGAGUGGCAGUGUGCAGAUCUUAUUUUUGAGUAAAUGGAAGAAAGCAGCAUCAAAAUAGCUUCAUUUUUUUACCAAACUCUCCAUCUCCUCAUUCUGAACUUUACAAAGCAGGCAUGAUCUUAAGGUGAGGAAAUGUGAGGUUGCAGAUAGAAUAUGCAACUCAAAUGCAUCAAAAUGCUCUUUGUGACACAUUUUGCCAGCACAGGUCACCAAUGUAAUUACAUUGGAUAUUGAUUGGUUACCUGAACAUGUUUUUAAAUCCACCAUGCUCCCAUCUAUACAAUGAUCAUUGAAUCAAAUACCAAAUCAGCCUUGGAAAUAUGAUGCCUUGGAGUGGACCUUAUAUUCCUCUGAUGCGUUGUCUCAGGAUUCUAUAGACGUUUAUAGGCUGAUGAGUCAUUUCAAAUGAAGGAAAAUGUUUGAAAUUGCUGCAAAAUACCAAAAUAUAGAAGAGGGUAUUUUGAGCUGGAUUUAGAAAGCACAUGAUGUACAAUUGAAUCAUUCAUCCAUGACUCUGGUGUGCGGUUCAAGGCAACACAACUUGUGGACUCAAAAAUGUGGACAAAUUCUAUUCUGUUCUCUAUUCAUCUCAGUGUUAAUUUUCCUUGACAGAAACUAUGGUUCGAAGCGUUGAGUUAAACAUAAUAAAUUAUCAAACUAUGUAUUAACAUUGAGUCUAUGAAUGGUUCGCUGCUAGUCAUCAUUUUGCAUUUGAAACUGCAGUUGUAAGCUCUUGACUCAGCUGUUUGUGGCGAGGAUUAGGUAAUUGUACAUCAUGUAUCUUAAAAUCUUCCUGAAUCACCUCUUUUUCAGAGAGCUGAGGUUUGUUCUUGUAGUUAAAAGCUUUUGCAUGAAAUAAAUUUGCAUAAUAAACAUCUAUGAGUAGAAA